AUGGGUAUCACUCGAGAUUCGCGCCACAAGCGCUCUGCUUCGGGAGCUCGAAGAGCACACUACCGAAAGAAGAGAAAGUUUGAGUUGGGUAGACAACCAGCCAUGACCAAGCUCGACUCUUCAAAGAGAAUUCACGAAGUUCGAGUUCGAGGUGGUAACACCAAAUACAGAGCUCUCAGACUCGAUUCUGGUAACUUUGCUUGGGGUUCCGAACACGUAACUAGAAAAACUAGAUUGCUCACUGUCCGAUACAACGCCACCAACAACGAGCUUCUCCGAACCCAAACUCUUGUCAAAUCUGCUAUCGUAGAUGUUGACGCUACCCCCUUCCGACAAUGGUACGAGGCUCACUACGCCCAACCCGUUGCCAAAGGUGGUAAAUCAACUGUCGAAUCUACCGAAGAGAAGAAACAAUCCAACCACGUCAAGAGAGUUCUCGAAGAGCGAAAGAAGGAUGCCAAGAUUGAUCCCAUCCUUGAAGCUCAAUUCAGAGCCGGUCGAUUACUUGCCAUCAUCACUUCUCGACCUGGUCAAUCAGGACGAGCAGAUGGUUACAUUCUCGAAGGUAAGGAAUUGGAGUUCUACAACAGAAAACUUCAAGUCCGAAAGGCCAAGCACGCUGCUUAA